UGGUGUGGGUGUGUGGAUGUGCCUCCCCUCCGGCUGAAAGAAUGGGAAGAUCUGGGCAACCGAUUCAGUCGUUAGCGGUGAUCUAUUUGGUGCACAACGAGCCGUAGCAGCAGCAGCAGCAGAGCAACACUUCAGCAUGGAGAACAUUGAUGAGGACCUGACCCCCGAGCAGAUUGCCGUUCUGCAGAAGGCAUUCAACAGCUUCGAUCACCAGAAGACCGGCAGCAUCCCCACCGAAAUGGUGGCCGAUAUCCUGCGCCUCAUGGGUCAGCCCUUCGACAGGCAGAUUCUCGAGGAGUUGAUCAACGAGGUCGACGAGGACAAGUCUGGCCGCUUGGAGUUCGAGGAGUUCGUGCAGCUGGCAGCUAAAUUCAUCGUCGAGGAGGAUGACGAGGCCAUGCAGAAGGAGCUGCGUGAGGCGUUCCGUCUGUACGACAAGCAGGGCAACGGCUACAUUCCCACCUCCUGCCUGAAGGAGAUCCUCAAGGAGCUCGACGACCAGCUCACCGACACGGAACUGAACAUGAUGAUCGAGGAAAUCGACUCUGACGGCUCCGGCACCGUGGACUUUGAUGAAUUCAUGGAGAUGAUGACCGGCGAAUAAGCGGAGACUCUUGGACACACACACACACAAAUAUCUGCUAGCAGAUAGGGGAAAGCCACUCCCCGCACGAACUCUGAGGCUUGAAUAAACAUUUUCUAUUUUAUUUCUA